UCUUUCGCUUUAAAUUUUCUGCCCCGAACAACAUGUUUAGCCUUGACAAUGAAUAACUGUCCUUCACAAUACAAAGCUUUACAUAGCAUGCUUAAAAUUACACUAAUUACUAAAAACACGCAACCUAUCGUUUUAUUUGUUCUAUAAAAUGAUGUUUAUCUAAACACAAUAUAAAACAUAUUGCGUGAAGGAAACUGUUUGUUUCGACAGAUACGUUUUGAAAAUGUCACAUGAAUAUUUAUUUAAAUAUUUUAUAUUGAUUGUUGUUUUUAUCGAUAUUAAAUUUGCUCUAGCUGAUGAUGAUGAUCGGUGUGUGAUAAGCUUCAGUGACGUGGUGGAAGAGUGCGACGGCUUCGACAAUCAGUUUGCAAAAUUGAAUUCCAUGUCCUUAGGAUAUGUUCACAAUAAUGGAAGUGGAGUCAGCCUAUCUGGCACAAUAAGUUUGUCCGACGAAAUUGAUGAUGGAUAUCAGUUAGAGUUACAAAUAGCAAAAGUAUCUGGUUCAUCGUGUAAUGAUAUUAUGUGGAUAGCAGCGAGUAACAUAUGCGCUAGUUUGAAAGAGGAAGACAUGCCAUGGUACGAACUAGUAAAGAAUUUGAACAUAGAAGAAUGUCCAAUUGUUAAGGCUGAUUACGUCAUGAACAACCUGCUUAUAAAAGACGGCUCGGCAUCGCACUUCUGUACUCCCGAAAUGGUUGGAGAAUAUUGCAUACAGCUAUCGAUCACAAACAGCAGGAACCAGGAAGUAGUGUGUUAUACUUCCUACAUCAGUGUAGAGGGCGGCGACAAAUAACUUCAAAUUAUUUAUAAAAUAAAUUAGCUUUAAGUCAUAACACUAUCAAAAUUUGAAGAAAAAACUUUUUAACCGGAUUAAAGUUAUGUAUUAUUAUAAAUUUACAAUUAUUUAACAUAAUUUUAGUUGGUAUCAACUAACUCCGGGG